AAAAACAAGUAAACAAAAAGCUUUUCUUUCCUAACAAGAAACGGAGCAGGACUCCCUCUUUAUUAUCUAUAAAUAUCCCAAACCCCACGUUUCAGAUCCCCAUACACUACUGCUUCCUUCGGUCUUUAGAUUUUGUUUUUCCUCUGCAACAGAACUCAAUCUCUUCGUCUUUGCGCUCCUCAUCGAAACCAUGGCUAACCAAGCUGAAUCCUCGGACUCCAAGGGAACGAAGAGAGACUUUAGCACGGCGAUUCUGGAGCGCAAGAAGGCUCCCAAUCGGCUUGUGGUGGACGAGGCAAUCAACGAUGACAACUCCGUUGUCGCGCUUCACCCCGACACCAUGGAGAAACUCCAGCUCUUCCGCGGUGACACGAUCUUGAUCAAGGGGAAGAAAAGGAAAGAUACUAUCUGCAUUGCUCUUGCUGAUGACACAUGUGAUGAACCAAAGAUAAGGAUGAACAAGGUUGUAAGAAGCAACCUAAGGGUUAGGCUUGGAGAUGUUGUUUCCGUGCACCAGUGCGCAGAUGUCAAAUAUGGAAAGCGCGUUCACAUUCUCCCUGUGGAUGACACCAUUGAAGGGGUCACUGGCAAUAUCUUUGAUGCAUACUUGAAACGUGAGUGCCUAUCCUUUUCUUCUUUAUCUUCAAUUAAAAACUGA